UUAAAGUACUCAAAGUGAUUUCUAUUGUUAUCAAAGAUAACACUAAUAAGCACAUCACAAUGAACGUACAUGAUAAGCUGUAUUAAGCUAUAUUAGAUGUGGAUAACUGUGUUUUAAAAAGUUUCAUGUGAUAUUCGGAUAACUAUUUUCAGGACUGUGACAGAGAAUUGCUCAAAAUGACCAGCAAUAAUGCUCGACCACCAGUACAGAAAAAACUAGUCAUAGUAGGUGAUGGAGCAUGUGGUAAAACAUGUCUAUUAAUAGUCUUCAGUAAAAAUGAAUUUCCAGAGGAACAUAUACCAACAGUUUUUGAAAAUUAUGUGGCCGAUAUCUUUGUGGAUAAUCAACAUGUUGAACUGGCAUUAUGGGAUACAGCAGGACAAGAAGAAUAUGACCGUCUGCGACCAUUAUCUUACUCUAACAAUGAUGUUGUGCUUAUGUGCUUUAGUCUCGACAACAAAGAUAGUCUUGAUAAUGUUUCUGAAAAAUGGAAACCUGAAGUAAGCCAUUACAUGCCUAGAGUACCAAUAAUCCUUGUUGGAACCAAAAAAGACUUAAGAACUGGCUCCAAAUCCAAAAAAUCUAAUUCAGAUGUUGAACAAGUUACAUAUGAAAAAGGUCUCCAAAUGAAAGAGAUGAUCAAGGCACAUGAAUAUCUUGAAUGCUCAUCCAAGACAAGAGAAGGGGUUAAAGAAGUGUUUGAAGCUGCUACUCGAGCAGCUCUUAAGAAUAAUCGAAGGAAACCAAAUGCUAGGAAAUGUAAAAUUUUUUAAACUGUAUAUGCCAGAAUUAAGCUGAAACUAAUUUUAAUUUAGUAUAUUAUCUUAUUUUGCUGAAAGUUUAGAUCUUAAACAUUUACCAGUUUUCACUUAGAACAAAGGAGGAUCAGGGUGAUGACAUUCACUGUCUCAAUUAAAUAUAUGUACACCCCUACGUUUUUACUGUUAUUAGAAUCUGAUUAGCAUAUAAAUUUAUUAAAUCCAAGCACAAAUUAAACUGUAUAUAUAAUGGCUUGGUUUCAGAUAAUUUCUGAAUUAUUAUUUUUAAAUAUAAUUAAAGAUAACUGCAUGAAAUCAGUAAAAACUACAUGUAAACUCCAUAUGACCAUAACUUAAACAUGCAUUAUGCAAGAGCUAAAUCUGCCUAUUGCAGGUCUUUCUUUAAGGCAUUUAAUGUUAUCUAAAUUAUUAAUUAGAGAUUACUGAACUUACCAAGACCAUAAUCAGCUCUCGAUGCCAUCAGAUGCCUGCGAUUUUUAGCGGAUUUGAAUACACUUUGUGGUGAAUGAAAUAACCAUAAAUAUGGAAAAUUGAGACUUUGUUAGAAGCAAUUUGAUUGUAAUUUUCAGCAUAUUCUCUUUUCAUUAUCUAUUUUGUAACAAUUUUAGUAAGAAAUUUUAGCUCUUUAUCUAAUCUUACCUGAUGCCCCUUUAAAUGAGAUAGAUGUCUUUAAUUUAAUUUAGGUCACAAUAUAUAUCAUUGAAUUGGGUUGUUCUGAUGCUUAUGGUAAUUUGAUGGGAUAUUUUUGUUUAGAAAUAUUAAAGAUACAUUAUUGGAGAUUAGAUAAAGGGCUGGCAGUUCUCACUAUAAUAGUUAAAACCUAUAGAUAAUGUAAAGGGAAUUUGUGGAAAAUUUCAGUCAAAUUGAUCCACUCUGAACUGAGAAUUUGGCGAUUGAAUUUUCAGCCUAGCCUCGAUCAUCAUUACCAAAGUCGGUAUGAUAAAAACAUAGUCUCGAUUAUCCAUUUCAUGAUUAAAUCAUGAAUGAAACUUGAGUAGCAAAUCGGAUCCUAAUCCAGUAAUUAUUGCAGGCUAGCGAUGACAUCGAGAGUUGAUUAUGGUCUGGAUAAGUUAAUUAAUGUCUAAUUAAUAAUUUAAAUAACAUUUCAGGCCUAAAGGAAGACCUGCAAUAGGCAGAAUUAGCUCUUGCAUAAUGUACGUUUAAGCAGAAUUUGUCUAUCUUUUACUGUAUCUAACUUCAUCUUUAGAUUUAGACUAUUCAAAUCACAAAACAAAUCAAAAUAUAAAAUCCAAUGAAAUCAAAAUUUUGGGUGGAACAAGUUGUGUGUGUGUUGGUAUUUAUAGAUUUGAAUAACGAUAGUAUGUUUUUAGCAUGUACACUUUUGAUUGAGUCUUAGACUCUACUUGACUUAUUGCUCUUGCAUCUUGUUAUCUACAUUUACCAAUUUAUAUUAUGUAUAUUACCUGAAUUAGCUUUAUAUCAAUUGAAGAAAUUCAUUUUCUGUGGUGGACUUCUGCUUCAUAUAUAAUAUAUUCUUUCCUGAAAGAAAUUGAACUUCAUUCUUAAAACCGUUUUUCUUAAAAUAUCAACUUAAUAUAAAACAACACAGUUCUAUGAAUAACAAUCACUAUAUUAUAUACACAACACAUUUCAAGAAGAUUUCAUUAGUUGUUUUUUGUAUGCUUGAAAUCUUAUCGAAGUGUUGUGUGUACCGUAUAUAAUAUUGUGAUUGUUAUCCAUAGAACUGUGCCGUGUUAUAUUAUGUUUAAUCACCAAAUGCCAAUCUAAAAACAUAUAUCAACUUUAAUAUGUAAUUAUGUAUAAUAAAUCUCAUAAAUAUCUAAUGUUUAUAUAUCUAAAAUUCUUCUUUGUCUAGAAGACAUUACCUUUCAAUUAAAAGUGAUUAACAUUUA